UGUAAACACUAAAACAGAAAAUCAUUUAAUUUCUUUUUACUAAAAAAAAACAAAACAAAAAAAUGCCUCGAUACGGACAGCUUGUCAUGGGUCCAGCAGGUAGUGGAAAGUCUACUUACUGCAGCAAUAUGGUGAAGCAUGCUGAAAUGCUGAGGAGAACAAUUCAUGUGGUGAAUCUGGACCCUGCAGCUGAACAUUUUGAUUACCCUGUACUUGCAGAUAUCAGAGAACUCAUACACCUAGAUGAUGCCAUGGAAGAUGAAUCAUUGAGAUUUGGUCCAAAUGGAGGCCUUGUAUUUUGUAUGGAGUAUUUAUCGCAGAACUUUGACUGGCUACAAGAACAACUAGAAGAAGUAGAAGAUGACUAUAUUUUAUUUGACUGCCCUGGUCAAAUAGAGCUCUAUACACAUAUCCCUGUGAUGCGACAGCUAGUAGAGACUCUCCAGAAAUGGGACUUUCGGAUCUGUGGUGUGUUUUUAGUGGACUCUCAGUUUAUGAUUGAGCCAUCCAAGUUUAUUUCAGGAAUUUUAACUGCAUUAUCUACCAUGGUGAAUCUAGAGAUACCACAUGUCAAUGUUAUGACAAAGAUAGAUCUUCUCAGCAAAAAGGCCAAAAAAGAAUUAGAGAGGUAUUUAGAGCCAGAAUUACCUGUAUUGCUUGCAGAGGAAUUUGACGACAGCAGACUAAGUAAAAAAUUCAAGAAACUGAACAGCUCCAUUGCCAAAAUGAUAGAUGACUACAGUUUGGUGAAAUUCCUGCCAAUGGACAUCAGUGAAGAAGAUACCAUUAAUGAUAUUCUGAUUCAAAUAGACACAGCCAUUCAGUAUGGAGAAGAUUUUGAACCUAAGGAAAUACCUGAUAUGGUAGACCCUGAAGAUGGACCUGACUGGGACAGCGGAUUUGAUGGAUAACAGCAUACUAGUGUUUUAUGUGGAUAACAACAUACUUCAGUGUAGUGUUAAAUGUGGUUGUGAGAAUCAUAGCAAAUAAUGACUAUGUUAUAGUUACACUCUCUCAACAAUAGGUCUAUGAACAUAACCUUUACUUUUUUUCCAAGAGAAGGGUGAGAGAUGGGAUUUUGGAGGAAACUGACAAAAUAUACAGUGUAUAAGUGAAUAAAAUUCAUUAUUGGUAUUUUUUUUCUACAUAUUGCAACUCUGUUCUAUGAAAGCCCAUUGGACUCAUUUUCGUAGGUGAAAAAAAUAUAAUUUUCGCCUUAUAACGCAAAACUUUCGCGAUAUAACGCGUAACUUUCGCGUUAUAAUGCAAAACUUUCGCGUUAUAACUUAUAACGCAUGAAUUUCGCGAGUAAAUGCGAAACUUUGGCGUUGUAAUGCAUAACUUUUGCGAUAUAAUGGGAAACUUUCGCGUUAUAACGCGUAACUUUCCUGAAUAAACGCGAAACUUUCAGUAACAGCGCGUAACUUUCACGUUAUAACGCGUUACUUUUGCGAAUAAAUGCGAAACUUUCGCUAUAACUCGUUACUUUCGCGAAUAAACGUGAAACUUCUGCGUUAUAGCGCGUAACUUUAGCGAAUAAACGCGAAACUUACGCGUUAUAACGCGAAAGUUUCGCGUUUUUUCGCAAAAUUAUAUAGUAAUGUUAUUCAGGAACCUUGAUCUUCACUGACAGAUAAGAACAUGAACGCUGACGGGAACUCUCAUGAAUUUAUUUAUAAAAUAUCAUUUCCUCAGAAGAUGUACUGGAGAAAUGAUGCGAGAAUAGGAUGGAUUAGUCAUUAGAUAUUUUUUUUUAUUUCAAAACCCUACCAAUUAUAAGAAAAUGAAUUUUACUUUCUUGUAAAUGUUUUUCAGUUGUUACAUUCAAGAAAUUCUUUAGACUGAGUAUUUUAUUUAAGGAAAAUCUCCACUUGACACUUUUCUCAAGCAGACAAAAUGUGAAGUAAUAUGGAUUCAAUAGCUAGAAAACUUAAAAUUAUAGCUUGUGAUGGUCCAGGAUCAAAAUAGCCUUUUGCUUUUCAUUGUAAUGAAUAAAUAGAUCACAAAAUCAAAAGAAAAUUAAGACUUAUGCAAAUGUCUUCGUUUUAAACAGCCAAAGUUUCGCGUUUAUUCGCGAAAGUUACGCGUUGUAUCGCGAAAGGUUCGCGUUAUAACGCGAAAAAUUUAUUUUUUUUAAUCUACGAAAAUGAGCCCAAUGGGUUUUCUUACUGUUAAUAUAAGUACUUAUCUGAGAAACACAAAGUAUAUAAAAGGAGGAAAUAGUUCAUCUAAAAUA